AUGUCGGAUAAAAAAGACCAGAGCUCCGAUUCCGACUCUGACUGUCCACCCGAGGAAUUCACACAGGAGCAGGCGAAGCUGGAAGAUGCAGCCUUGAGGAAGAUACAGAGAGAGAGCAAGGCUAGGAAGAAGAAGCAUGAGGAAGACCCUGAAGCUCUUGCAAACAAGGGGUUCCUUUCCAAAAACAUCAUAGACUUUCUUGCAGACCGGAAAAAACAGAAAAAUGAUUCUGAUUCUGAAGAAGAGGAGGAGGCCAACGAAGAACACCCUAGAGAGGAGAAGCAAAAGAGCUCAGGUAUUGGGACGGUUAUAUACAAGAAAACAGGGUUAGAUUUCUUGAAGAAACGUAAUGCACAAGUCCCUAGAUCCUCCUCAAUCCUCAACAACUCAAGCCAAGCUCUCUCCGACUUGUCACCGAAAUUCUUAGUGCCUUAUUUGCAAAAGAGCCCUUGA